AUGGACGGACCGGCCGCCAAUGGCGCUGCCAACGCCGCCUCCGUGAACGGCGGAAAUUCCGACAUAAUCUCCCAGAUUCACCAGGCCCUCGAGGCUAUACACAACCCCUACUCGUCCAAUACGUCCCGCCGAGACGCCCAAACCUUCCUAGAGAACAUCAAGGGCAUUGACGAAGCUCCGUUCCACGGCUUCAACCUGUCGUCGAAUAAGUCCCAGUUGCCCGUCGUGCGCCACUAUGCCCUCUCUCUCCUCGAGCAUGCCAUCAAACAGAAAUGGGCCGAGUACAACCAAGAGCAGUCUGCAACCCUGCGCGGCUGGGUAAUGGAUCUAUGCCGCAACUUGUCCAAGGACGAUCCGCUGUACAUCAGAAACAAGACGGCCCAACUUUGGGUUGAGGUUGCAAAGAGAUGCUGGGGUGCUGAGUGGAUGGAUAUGGACGAGUCCUUGUUCCGCCUCUGGCAGACACCCGAUUCCGCCGUGCACAAGGAGCUCGUACUCUUCGUCCUCGAAACCCUCUCCGACGAAGUUUUCAAUGGCGACGAUGCCGUUGUGGCUAUGCGUGAAGGCGUGCUCAGCAGGAGUUGUGUUGAGAUUUUCACGCCUGCCACGGUUCUCGUGGAGGCGUUCCCCAACAGAACGGCCGGUCCCGAAGUGCGAUAUGGGGAGGAAGGAUGGUUGACCCGGGUCGCCGAAUUCCUCACCCAGUGCCUCCAAGGGGACGCUCAAAACAACGGUCAGAUUCGCUCCUGCGCCGUCAAGUCCCUGUCUGUAUUUCACUCUCUCAUGCCUUGGGCUAUUCCGAAGGCUGUUGCCGUUGCCAAUUGUGUUCCCGUCAUGUGCAGGGCGCUGGCGACCCCUGAGGUGUCUAUCCAGAAGGCGUCCCUAGAAGCUCUGCAUGCUCUCUAUUCUCGUUCGAACUUCACCGAGCAGGAAUUCAAGGAUCUCGUUGCGCCAAUGUAUGAUGCAAGCUCGGUUGACCUGCUGAAGAGACUGUUGGAGUGGUCCGCCGUAGAUGUGGACGAUAUCGAUGAGGACAAGUAUCAGUUCGGCAAGAAGUUUUCUGAGAUGCUGUCCCUUCUUGGUAACUACCUUGACCGCAGAUUCUCUGCCAUACCCACGAACGCAGAUGUCAACGGGUUCCUCAACUUGCUGCUUCUCACUGUGCAGAGCCAGAGCCUCAUCAUCGCGAUCCCCGUAUUGGCUACCUGGACACUCGGGCCUCUCCUCGAAGUGUGUGGUUCUCGCUUGAUUCGCUAUGAGAAUUUGCCAGAAGAUACCCAGGAUCCAACGUUCACUUUCCUUAUGGAGGAUACUGACACUAUCCCUGAGCGUCAUGCUUUCCUUGGCAACUACCGAAGGUUCAGUACACAGGUCAUUGAAACCAUUGUGCAGUUGAAGCUGUCGGAUGCUGUGUACCAUAUUCUUGGCCAGGCCGAGCAAGUCUUGCAGCAUCUGUAUGAUGGCCACCCUCCGAUGGAUGUUACGAAAUACGUCAAACACUCCAUGCCCGUCUUGCGUGUUGACGCACAGUUCACCGUCAUCGAAGCUGCGCUUAAGGGCUACAUGAAAUGGAGAGGUAGCUCAACGCAACAGAGCUUGCCCGACUACGAACAACAACGUGCCGCCUUGGAGAGAGACCUCGAGACCUGGUGCAGCAAACUCCUUGAGAUGAAGUUCGAGGAUCCAUUGAUCCGCAAGAGAGUGCUUCAACUGUUGGUUGCAUUCUCUACCACAGCACUUGACAAGAAUCCCGGCUUCAUGCUCAAGGUACUUGAGCACAUUUUGAUGACCUGGCCGGCCCCUCAACCAGAGCACCGGGCCUACAAUGAAGCUAUCAAAGACUUCCAGUCCGAGAGCAUGGUCGAGUUGCAAAGACUGGCCUCGAAGGUGCCCGACCACUUACUCGCUGUUUACGACCAGAUCGAGGCAAAAGUCAACGACAUGAUCUCUUCGGGAACUCUGGAUGAGAAGCGCCAAAUUGCGUACCAGAGCUUUCUGUUCAUUAUCAUCCACCGAGCCGCCAAUAUCGACCCUGCCAAGCAACUCGAGCGUCUUCGGGAUUUCAUCAAGCCUGUUACGUCCCUCUGGCAGAAUCAGGAACUAAAAAGCGCAUUGUCCUCGUACACCGGCUUUUGCGAAAUGAUGGCAUUGGACAAGGCCAAGCGUUACCUACUGAACCACCGAGUGCAUGAGAUCAAGGACUGGGGCUCCCGCGAGCUCGAUUCCGAAGGCCUAGCUCUACAAAAUGAGCUAGAGCAGCGACAGAAGAUGCUACCGCUGCGCCCGACCAAGUCAUUCCUGUCAUUUUCCGUGGAGAAGCUCGAGAAGUCAUCAACGCCCUUCCAAAUCUCGUAUCGCUUAUGGAACGAUAGCUUCCCUGUCAUCCUACCUGACCUGUUGCAGUUCCUCAGUCACGCCCAUGCCUCUCACAACCCAGACAACUGGACAGAACUGCCCGUAGAAAUGCGUUCAGUCGUUGGUAGCGUGUUGAGUGACCGCUUCUGGCAGGCAGGCAUCUCCGAGGGCAGCAAAGAUGACUUCUACGCCCGCGUAAUGGAUAAGAAGAACACUCUCGAAGGCCUGGCUUCAACGAUCCGCGGCACCGUUAGAUUUGUUCGAGAAACAUGCUACGCCAUCAUAUACUGCAUGAGCCGGCUAGAGAUGCAGUUCUAUGGCUUCAGCGAACUCCCCAACCCCCUUGCGCAAGCUCUGUUCCAGAAUUCUUUCUAUCUAUCAGCGCACCAACAGAUCAACCUGCUCAACCUCGUGCGGUAUCUUGUGGAUGAUUGUCCCCUCGAACAACGCGAGCACUUCCUUCCUCCACUUUUGGCCGCAUGCUUCCAGCAAAUGGAUACCAAAAUCAACUCGGAGUGGGAAAAGUUGGAGCGGCAGCAGGCUAUCGAGGCUGCGGGUGAUGCCCUCACCGAGGAAAUGAAAUCUGAAAGUAUAUUGCGUCAGGUUACCUUCACUGCUGUGAUUAUGGUGGCGGACUUCCUGGAUCCCACGAAGAAAAAUCCUGCGCCACUGAGAUCUCAAAAUGGCCACGAGCAGCCUCGCAGAUACCCGUCACUUCGGAAGUUUUGCUUGAUGCAGUCCGCCAUUGUAGAGCCGUUACUCCUCUUUUGCACUCACGCCAUCCGGAUGAGGGACACGCGGUGCUGCAGCAUUAUCUUGCGAGUUUUCCGAUCUAUCGUUCCAGAAUUCCACUCUGCGGAAGCCGUCUCGCCCAAGUCUGUACUCGCGCACGACGGCCAUGAUCAGACCGUUUCCGGCAGGGAUCCCUACCUUGACACAACGCCAAUCGCCCCCGAGGCAGCUUCUGCGAUUCGGGAAUACAUAGCCUCGGAUGUGCUCCGCGCUUGUAUCAGCUCAUUCAACGAGCCCUACUUUGUAGACCUACAGAAGGAUCUGGCCUCCUCGAUAGCCUCCAUUUUGGUCCACUAUAGCCCUUUGACGAACACGCCAAGAGACAUACUAUUGUCCUUGCCCAACAUCAGAGUAGCCGACCUUGACAAGUUGAACGAUUUUGUGUCUAAGCCGAGCGCUCACACUCGCCAACAGCGAGCGCUAGUGCUCGAUCUUCUCAAAGAUCUCAAAGGAGUCAGCAUCGCUGAGCAGUUCAAGCUACCCAAGAACAGCAGCUUCGGACGGCCCAAGAAGUCGAGCCGCAGCAAGAUGGCACAAGAGUUCAUGACGCCCGCUAGCGAGUCGACAACACGAAGCGGGGCGGCUUCAGGGGCCAGGCGAGGCACGCCUGACGGCCUGGAGGGAGUGGCCAACCUGUUUGAGGGCUAG